UUGUCUUUUCUCUGCGUUUCCAAGUAUGAACGAGAUCCAUCUACCCGAUUUUCAUCAUCUCCAGAACGACGGGGAACUCUUGAACCCUUCUCGUUUCUGGGUGGACAUAAUGAAGUCCCGGGUAGGCAUCAGCAAUUCAUACGCCGAAAAGCUGCUCGACUGGUGUCAGGAUUGUAGGACUAAGCUUGGCACUGUCAGUCAAGAUGCUUGUUCCGAGAGUUAUGAGAUUCGCCAUCUUCUAGACUGCUACUUGAUAUCCUCCGAACAGGAGGCUAAUCAUAUUCUCGCUGUGUCACGUGAUAUGACGACCCAGGGUGGACCCAUCCAUUCUCUAAAAAGAUUGGCCUCGACUAACAGGGGAGGCGUGUUGUCUGAGCACAAGGCCUUGAGCCGGGAACUUCUGUCCCUGACUGAGAGACACAUGGUGUGCCUCAAACAUCUUCAGGAGGUGAAGGAGAGCGGAAUAAUGGCCAUGGCUGCCUCUCGUAAUUAUGAAAGGAGAAUAAGCGAGCUGAAGGCUGAGCUAGUGAAAGUGGGGGAAAGGUCCAAGACGUCUCAGCAAAGUAUGCUGGAGAAGAAAGUCCGGACUCUGGAGUCCAAGCUGGUUAAACACAAUCAGAAGGAGCAGACCCACAAAGCCCGUUAUGAGUGCCUGUUGAAAGAGGAAAGCGAGCUUGUGAACAGGCUGAGAAAGACCUCUGACCAUGCAUGUCAAGAAGCAUGUGACCUGCAGAAGAGUCAGUUGGAGUCCUUGAUCUCCAGUCUCAGAGACUUUGUUGUCAAGACAUGCUCGCCUGACAACGGUGACAGGAGCAGCUUCCUGAAGGCGGCCAUUGAUGACAUAGCUGUCGAUGACAUCAUCAAUGCCACCUGUGAUGUCACCUCACAGAAGUACAUCUUCCCAGAUGUUCAGGCCUGGCAUGGGAAGUUUGGCUUCUUGGAGAAAAUUCCAACCCCGUUCGUCCGAGCAUCGGAUGUGGCCAUUAGACGAGAUCCAAAGAAAGGCCUGACUGAGGAGAACCUCCUGGCACAAGAAAUCAUGUCAGCCAUUGGCCAGCCCGUUCACAGUCGCAGACGCUGGAUCUCUAAGUCUAGUACCAAGAAUGGUGACAACGGGACUUCAACAACAACGAAUCUGUUACUGUCAUCUCAAAAGCUGCAGUGGAGGAGGACGUGAAGUAUCUGGAAGACGUGUAUGUGCGCGUUAUCCGCCCCUUCAAGCCCACCCACCCUGAGCACCUCCAGCUGAAUCUGGGCAUGCGUAUCAAGCAAAAAUUCCCCAUGGACGUACGGGGCAUGUCCUUUGGGUGGUGUCGGCGUGGGCUUGGGGGUCGGAAGAAGCGGCAUGGAUUUUAUCCUGCAGAUCACGUGAUCUUGGAGAACUAGACUUUCAUUUCAUUUCAGUUGUAUAUGUUGUAAAAACUUUAUUUUCUACUGUGAAUACACAUUGAUGAAGGUGUA